AUGCUGCUUCCCUGCUUUCCCUCGCGCUGCAUCCCCGCUGCAUCCCCGCUUCCCCUCGCGCUGCUUCCCUGCUUCCCCUCGCGCUGCAUCCAUGCUUCCCCUCACGCUGCUUCCCCGCUUCCCCUCGCGCUGCAUCCCCGCUUCCCCUCGUGCUGCUUCCCCGCUUCCCCUUGCGAUGCAUCCCCACUUCCCCUCGCGUUGCUUCCCUGCUUCCCCUCACGCUGCUUCCCCGCUUCCCCACGCGCUGCUUCCCUGCUUCGCCUCGCGCUGCUUCCCUGCUUCGCCUCGCGCUGCUUCCCUGCUUCCCCUCGCGCUAGUUUUCCACAUUCCCUACUGGCGGCUUUCCCCUCUCCUGCUUGCCCAUCUUUCCCCCCUGCUCUCUCUUCCCUCCCUCCUCUCUGUUCCCUCCCUGCUCUCUCUUCCCUCCCUCCUCUCUCUUCCCUCCCUCCUCUCUCUUCCCUCCCUGCUCUCUCUUCCCUCCCUGCUCUCUCUUCCCUCCCUCCUCUCUCUUCCCUCCCUGCUCUCUCUUCCCUCCCUGCUCUCUCUUCCCUCCCUACUCUCUCUUCCCUCCAUACUCUCUCUUCCCUCCCUGGUCUCUCUGCCCUCCCUGCUCUCUCUUCCCUCCCUCCUCUCUCUUCCCUCCCUACUCUCUCUUCCCUCCCUGCUCUCUCCUUCCUCCAUGCUCUCUCUUCCCUCCCUACUCUCUCUUCCCUCCCUGCUCUCUCUUCCCUCCCUGCUCUCUCUUCCCUCCCUCCUCUCUCUUCCCUCCCUGCUCUCUCUCCCCUCCAUACUCUCUCUUCCCUCCCUGGUCUCUCUGCCCUCCCUGCUCUCUCUUCCCUCCCUCCUCUCUCUUCCCUCCCUACUCUCUCUUCCCUCCCUGCUCUCUCCUUCCUCCAUGCUCUCUCUUCCCUCCCUACUCUCUCUUCCCUCCCUGCUCUCUCUUCCCUCCCUGCUCUCUCUUCCCUCCCUCCUCUCUCUUCCCUCCCUGCACUCUCUUCCCUCCCUGCUCUCUCUUCCCUCCCUGCUCUCUCUUCCCUCCCUGCUCUCUCUUCCCUCCCUGCUCUCUCUUCCCUCCCUGCUCUCUCCUGCCUCCCUGCUCUCUCUUCCCUCCCUGCUCUCUCUUCCCUCCCUGCUCUCUCUUCCCUCCCUGCUCUCUCUUCCCUCCCUGCUCUCUCUUCCCUCCCUGCUCUCUCUUCCCUCCCUACUCUCUCUUCCCUCCCUGCUCUCUCCUCCCUCCCUGCUCUCUCUUCCCUCCCUGCUCUCUCUUCCAUCCCUGCUCUCUCUUCCCUCCCUGCUCUCUCUUCCCUCCCUACUAUCUCUUCCCUCCCUACUCUCUCUUCCCUCCCUACUAUCUCUUCCCUCCCUACUCUCUCCUCCCUCCCUGCUCUCUCCUCCCUCCCUGCUCUCUCUUCCCUCCCUGCUCUCUCUUCCAUCCCUGCUCUCUCUUCCCUCCCUGCUCUCUCUUCCCUCCCUGCUCUCUCUUCCAUCCCUGCUCUCUCUUCCCUCCCUGCUCUCUCCUUCCUCCAUGCUCUCUCUUCCCUCCCUACUCUCUCUUCCCUCCCUGCUCUCUCUUCCCUCCCUGCUCUCUCUUCCCUCCCUCCUCUCUCUUCCCUCCCUGCACUCUCUUCCCUCCCUGCUCUCUCUUCCCUCCCUGCUGUCUCUUCCCUCCCUGCUCUCUCUUCCCUCCCUGCUCUCUCUUCCCUCCCUACUCUCUCUUCACUCCAUACUCUCUCUUCCCUCCCUGGUCUCUCUGCCCUCCCUGCUCUCUCUUCCCUCCCUCCUCUCUCUUCCCUCCCUACUCUCUCUUCCCUCCCUGCUCUCUCCUUCCUCCAUGCUCUCUCUUCCCUCCCUACUCUCUCUUCCCUCCCUGCUCUCUCUUCCCUCCCUGCUCUCUCUUCCCUCCCUCCUCUCUCUUCCCUCCCUGCACUCUCUUCCCUCCCUGCUCUCUCUUCCCUCCCUGCUCUCUCUUCCCUCCCUGCUCUCUCUUCCCUCCCUGCUCUCUCUUCCCUCCCUGCUCUCUCCUCCCUCCCUGCUCUCUCUUCCCUCCCUGCUCUCUCUUCCCUCCCUGCUCUCUUCCCUCCCUGCUCUCUCUUCCCUCCCUGCUCUCUCUUCCCUCCCUACUCUCUCUUCCCUCCCUGCUCUCUCCUCCCUCCCUGCUCUCUCUUCCCUCCCUGCUCUCUCUUCCAUCCCUGCUCUCUCUUCCCUCCCUGCUCUCUCUUCCAUCCCUGCUCUCUCUUCCCUCCCUGCUCUCUCCUCCCUCCCUGCUCUCUCUUCCCUCCCUACUCUCUCUUCCCUCCCUGCUCUCUCCUCCCUCCCUGCUCUCUCUUCCCUCCCUGCUCUCUCUUCCAUCCCUGCUCUCUCUUCCCUCCCUGCUCUCUCUUCCCUCCCUGCUCUCUCUUCCAUCCCUACUCUCUCUUCCCUCCCUGCUCUCUCCUUCCUCCAUGCUCUCUCUUCCCUCCCUACUCUCUCUUCCCUCCCUGCUCUCUCUUCCCUCCCUGCUCUCUCUUCCCUCCCUCCUCUCUCUUCCCUCCCUGCACUCUCUUCCCUCCCUGCUCUCUCUUCCCUCCCUGCUCUCUCUUCCCUCCCUGCUCUCUCUUCCCUCCCUGCUCUCUCUUCCCUCCCUGCUCUCUCCUCCCUCCCUGCUCUCUCUUCCCUCCCUGCUCUCUCUUCCCUCCCUGCUCUCUUCCCUCCCUGCUCUCUCUUCCCUCCCUGAUCUCUCUUCCCUCCCUACUCUCUCUUCCCUCCCUGCUCUCUCCUCCCUCCCUGCUCUCUCUUCCCUCCCUGCUCUCUCUUCCAUCCCUGCUCUCUCUUCCCUCCCUGCUCUCUCUUCCAUCCCUGCUCUCUCUUCCCUCCCUGCUCUCUCCUCCCUCCCUGCUCUCUCUUCCCUCCCUACUCUCUCUUCCCUCCCUGCUCUCUCCUCCCUCCCUGCUCUCUCUUCCCUCCCUGCUCUCUCUUCCAUCCCUGCUCUCUCUUCCCUCCCUGCUCUCUCUUCCCUCCCUGCUCUCUCUUCCAUCCCUGCUCUCUCUUCCCUCCCUGCUCUCUCCUUCCUCCAUGCUCUCUCUUCCCUCCCUACUCUCUCUUCCCUCCCUGCUCUCUCUUCCCUCCCUGCUCUCUCUUCCCUCCCUCCUCUCUCUUCCCUCCCUGCACUCUCUUCCCUCCCUGCUCUCUCUUCCCUCCCUGCUCUCUCUUCCCUCCCUGCUCUCUCUUCCCUCCCUGCUCUCUCUUCCCUCCCUACUCUCUCUUCCCUCCAUACUCUCUCUUCCCUCCCUGGUCUCUCUGCCCUCCCUGCUCUCUCUUCCCUCCCUCCUCUCUCUUCCCUCCCUACUCUCUCUUCCCUCCCUGCUCUCUCCUUCCUCCAUGCUCUCUCUUCCCUCCCUACUCUCUCUUCCCUCCCUGCUCUCUCUUCCCUCCCUGCUCUCUCUUCCCUCCCUCCUCUCUCUUCCCUCCCUGCACUCUCUUCCCUCCCUGCUCUCUCUUCCCUCCCUGCUCUCUCUUCCCUCCCUGCUCUCUCUUCCCUCCCUGCUCUCUCUUCCCUCCCUGCUCUCUCCUCCCUCCCUGCUCUCUCUUCCCUCCCUGCUCUCUCUUCCCUCCCUGCUCUCUUCCCUCCCUGCUCUCUCUUCCCUCCCUGCUCUCUCUUCCCUCCCUACUCUCUCUUCCCUCCCUGCUCUCUCCUCCCUCCCUGCUCUCUCUUCCCUCCCUGCUCUCUCUUCCAUCCCUGCUCUCUCUUCCCUCCCUGCUCUCUCUUCCAUCCCUGCUCUCUCUUCCCUCCCUGCUCUCUCCUCCCUCCCUGCUCUCUCUUCCCUCCCUACUCUCUCUUCCCUCCCUGCUCUCUCCUCCCUCCCUGCUCUCUCUUCCCUCCCUGCUCUCUCUUCCAUCCCUGCUCUCUCUUCCCUCCCUGCUCUCUCUUCCCUCCCUGCUCUCUCUUCCAUCCCUGCUCUCUCUUCCCUCCCUGCUCUCUCUUCCCUCCCUACUAUCUCUUCCCUCCCUACUCUCUCUUCCCUCCCUGCUCUCUCUGCCCUCCCUGCUCUCUCUUCCCUCCCUCCUCUCUCUUCCCUCCCUACUCUCUCUUCCCUCCCUGCUCUCUCCUUCCUCCCUGCUCUCUCUUCCCUCCCUGCUCUCUCUUCCCUCCCUGCUCUCUCUUCCCUCCCUGCUCUCUCUUCCCUCCCUGCUCUCUCCUCCCUCCCUGCUCUCUCUUCCCUCCCUGCUCUCUCUUCCCUCCCUGCUCUCUCUUCCCUCCCUGCUCUCUCUUCCCUCCCUGCUCUCUCUUCCCUCCCUGCUCUCUCUUCCCUCCCUGCUCUCUCUUCCCUCCCUGAUCAAUCUUCCCUCCCUGCUCUCUCUUCCCUCCCUGCUCUCUCUUCCCUCCCUGCUCUCUCUUCCCUCCCUGCUCUCUCUCUUCCCUCCCUGCUCUCUCUUCCCUCCCUGCUCUCUCUUCCCUCCCUGCUCUCUCUUCCCUCCCUGCUCUCUCUUCCCUCCCUGCUCUCUCUUCCCUCCCUGCUCUCUCUUCCCUCCCUGCUCUCUCUUCCCUCCCUGCUCUCUCUUCCCUCCCUGCUCAAUCUUCCCUCCCUGCUCUCUCUUCCCUCCCUCCUCUCUCUUCCCUCCCUGCUCUCUCUUCCCUCCCUGCUCUCUCUUCCCUCCCUGCUCUCUCUUCCCUCCCUGCUCUCUCUUCCCUCCCUGCUCUCUCUUCCCUCCCUGCUCUCUCUUCCCUCCCUGCUCUCUCUUCCCUCCCUGCUCAAUCUUCCCUCCCUGCUCUCUCUUCCCUCCCUCCUCUCUCUUCCCUCCCUGCUCUCUCUUCCCUCCCUGCUCUCUCUUCCCUCCCUGCUCUCUCUUCCCUCCCUGCUCUCUCUCUUCCCUCCCUGCUCUCUCUUCCCUCCCUGCUCUCUCUUCCCUCCCUGCUCUCUCUUCCCUCCCUGCUCUCUCUUCCCUCCCUGCUCAAUCUUCCCUCCCUGCUCUCUCUUCCCUCCCUGCUCUCUCUUCCCUCCCUGCUCUCUCUUCCCUCCCUGCUCUCUCUUCCCUCCCUGCUCUCUCUUCCCUCCCUGCUCUCUCUUCCCUCCCUGCUCUCUCUUCCCUCCCUGCUCUCUCUUCCCUCCCUGCUCUCUCUUCCCUCCCUGCUCAAUCUUCCCUCCCUGCUCUCACUUCCCUCCCUCCUCUCUCUUCCCUCCCUGCUCUCUCUUCCCUCCCUGCUCUCUCUUCCCUCCCUGCUCUCUUCCCUCCCUGCUCUCUCUUCACUCCCUGCUCUCUCUUCCCUCCCUGCUCUCUCUUCCCUCCCUGCUCUCUCUUCCCUCCCUGCUCUCUCUUCCCUCCCUGCUCUCUCCUCCCUCCCUGCUCUCUCUUUCUGCACUGCUCUCUCUUCCCUCCCUGCUCUCUAUUCCCUCCCUGCUCUCUAUUCCCUCCCUGUUCUCUCUUCCGUGGUGCAGCUCGUCAGGCAUGAAGCAAACAAGCAGACAAGUUAGUUAG